UUCACAGUGUGAAGUUCUGCCGUUGCUGGUCUCCCAAAAGAAAUCAUGGAUUACCGACUAUUGAUACUUCUUAUUUCCGUAUUUUUGGCAGUCAAGUGUCAGAACGUGACCGAAACUGGCAAGACCACGCAGAACGGUACGCUGACCGCGGAAAAAGUAGAGAAGAAACCGGAGGAAGAAACACCUCUAUCGGAAGUUCCGAGUAUGUGCACCGUGUGCAAUUGUACAGGUGACAUCAUAGAUUGCGAUAAUACAAACUUCACCGUCCACUUCGAAGACUGGCAAUGGUCGACGAAAAUCGUAGGAACGUUGACUUUUCGAAAUACUUCGUUGAUACACGUGAAACCAUUCCCGAGGAUGCAGGUACGCAAGCUGAUCUUACGAGAGAACAAGAUCACGAAAAUCGACGUCGCAGCCUUCAAGCAGAUAAUUAACCUCACUGAACUGGAUCUGAGCUACAAUCAGCUCACAACGGAGAAUCUGCAACCGAAUGUGUUCGAGGGCAACUUUUCACCAGAUCUUUACGAACCACUGGAGAAGCUGGCUGUGUUAAAUCUGGCCAACAAUCUCCUCCUUUCGCUGCAUCAGGACAUCUUCGAGCACUUGUCGUACCUGAGAGUGUUGAAUCUUUCUGGAAAUCGUUUCUCGAUAGUGGACAGAAGUACAUCGAUAGCGCUCAGUUCUCUUCCAGAUCUGGAAGCACUGGACCUGAGCUACUGCGGAUUGAAAACACUUCCGACCAAUCAGUUUCUCUCGAUGAGCAGACUGAGAAAAUUGGACUUGAGCGGAAACCAGUUCGCGAACCCGCCAAAAGCGCUCGAAGGGGCGAAAUGGUUGGAGGUCCUCUACAUGGACGAAAAUCCGAUUCAGAUGAUCCAUCAUAUGCAACAGUUCCCGCGUAUACCGCAGCUGAAAGAGUUAAGCCUCUGUUGCAUGCCUUAUUUGACAGUGGUCGGUGCAAGCGCCUUUUCGGGCUUGACGUCGCUCGAGCGUCUUCGAGUAGAAAAUUGCCCGAAAUUGGAAUUAAUCGACCCGUACGCUCUUGCGUCAGAGCCAGACUCCGGGGGACCGGUGUGGCCGCACCUGAAGAAACUCGAUUUAUCGAAUAACGCCCUGCGAUAUUUGCCUCAGCAAUUCCUAGCAAGGUGGGACUGGCUCGAAGAAUUGGAUCUGAUGAACAACAAAUGGAGCUGCGAUUGCGAUAAUCAAUAUCUGAUAGGUAUGUUGCUGCCGUCAUUGGGCAAGAAACUCAUGGGGGAUGAAAUGUACAAGCUCACCUGCGCCGCACCGCCAGAACACGCCGGGAAGAACCUAACCUCUUUGUCCCAUCGAAAGCUCCGUUGUCUGGACUUGAACGGGGCGCGACCGGAAAGAGACGCGACGAUCCUCAUUGGUAUUUUGUGCGGUCUUCUACUCGCCAUUCCCGUCUGCCUGACGAUCUUCAUCUUGUGGCGUCGCGGUUUCUUCUUCUGCGGCGCACAAGGACCGGCCAGCUUCUCGCGAGCCUUCUACAAGAGGGCCAGGAACGACGACGAGUUCUGAAAGCUUGAAUCCUCGACGAAUUUCUAUCUCUAGUCGAUGAAAAACAAGGUCAGACGGCCGAGAACCUUGCCUCUAACGGCGACGUUUCAGGGAAACUAAAAAAGAAAGAAAAAAGGAAAAAUACCGUAAAACGUUUCAUCGGAUG